CUUUCCUUUCCAUUGUUUACAAUAAUCACUUCUCUUUUAUCUUUUCCCAUCAAAACAAAAAAUGGACACAACCAACAAUCUUGAAAUUAUCCAUGAUGUUUUUCCUUAUUUACAAGUGUACAAAAAUGGAACUGUCAAAAGACUUGUAGGUACUGAAUUUGCACCAGCAACCUAUGAUCCUCAAACUGGUGUUUAUUCCAAAGAUGUUUUAGUUAAUCCUAAAACUGGCGUUUCAGCCCGGAUUUACAGAACAAAUUCAGCAACAAUAUCACAGAAACUUCCUUUAGUCGUUUACUUUCAUGGUGGAGCAUUUUGUAUAUCAUCUGUUGGUGAUCCUAAGUACCAUGAUUCUCUCAAUGUGUUUGUGUCCAAAGCUAAUGUUGUUCUUGUCUCGGUUGAUUAUAGAUUAGUCCCAGAACAUCCUCUUCCAACAGCUUAUAAUGAUUCUUGGGAUGUUCUUAAAUGGGUUGCUGCACAUAACUCAAAACAUGGGUCUGAAGUUUGGUUGAAUGAGCUUGUUAACUUUGAUAGUGUGUUCUUGGCUGGAGAUAGUGCAGGUGCUAAUAUUUCACACUUCCUGGCAAUCAGAGCUGGAAAAUCAGAUGAAGCUUUAGGAAUGAAGGUUUCUGGGAUGCUCAUGAUUAGUCCAUAUUUCUGGGGAGAAAAACCUAUUGGUAUAGAGGUUAAAGAUCCAAGAAAAGCAAUGGUGGAUAAAUGGUGGGAAUUUGUUUGUCCAUCAAAUAAAGGAAAUGAUGACCCUUUGAUCAAUCCUUUUGUUGAUGAAGCACCAAAGCUUGAAGAAGUGGCUUGUGAUAGGAUUCUUGUUUGUGUUGCAGAGAUGGAUAUUCUCAGAGACAGAGGGAUAUUGUACUAUGAAUCAUUGGUGAAGAGUCAGUGGAAAGGAAAAGCAGAAAUUAUUGAAACUAAAGGGGAAGAUCAUGUUUUCCACAUCUUUAAUCCUACCACUGAGAAAGCACUUGAUUUGGUCAAAUGUUGGGCUGUUUUUAUUAAUGAAAAGUAACCGCCCUGUGAUGGUGAUAUGUUGCUUUAGGCAAAUUCUUGGGUUGCUAAUAGGAGAAAAUGUAGUUGUCAGCUUGUCAUGUCAAAAUUUGUAUAAUUAUAAACUCCACCUGUUUCAUUCCAAUGUAAACUUUUUUUUCAUUCUAAUGUAGACUUUUCUAUUUGUCUUUAA